GUUAUUGAUCUCAAUGAGGAUUAUCAUGUAGCUCCUAUCAAUCAAGUAUCACAUAAAACUAUUAAAAGAAACCGUGGUCGACCUAAAAAUAUUUUAGGAAAUAUGCCCGCAAAAACUGAACUUGAAAAAAUAACCGUCACUCCAACUCCAUACACGAAUAUAUCGAGUGAGUUAUUGGAUCACACUGUUGACUGUCAACUACCAUUGACGGAACUUAAAAGAAAGCGUGGUCAACCAAAAAAGGUUCUAGGAAGUACGUCCACACAAACUGACCAUGAAAAAAUAACUGUCAAUCCAACGCCAUACCCAACUAUAUCGAGUGAGAUAUUGGAUCACACGGCUGACGAUCAAAUAUCACUUACGCCUCUUAAAAGAAAACGUGAACGACCAAAAACAAUAAUUGGAAACACGUCCACACAAAAUGGUGUUGAUUUGCGUGAUCAAGUGCAACCUACAAAUCAAAAGAAAAACCUGGGCGACCUAAAAAAAUGUUGGCGAGCACUUCUACACGAUCCG